CAAGAAAAACUCUACUCAAGAGUCUCACUUGAAUUCAAAUAGGUUCAUAAAUCUUCUCACUUCUCGACCAGAACUGGAUAAAUAUCAACGUUUCCCUCUGUUGACAGUGAUGCGCUGACUGAGCCACGCGAUCUAUCAUCGAACCCAGGUCACAGGUAUGGACUCCAGCCCCGCACCGGUACCCAUGUCAUCGAUAAAAUAGGUCUCACUAUUUCCGCCACCAGGGGGACCUCUAGCUAUGAGUAGGCUCUUAUAUCAUUACUGUCCCAUACGAGCAUCCAUCGACAGUACCCAUCGCAACAGCAACAGUACCUGUCCGGAUUGUAGUUUCCUCCGUUGACAGAUUGAACUGCAUUCAGGAUGUUUCUACCUCCACGCGUCCAUGCGCAGGACGAGAACACUUCGGAAGCUCUCCUAGAAGGAUCUGUUACGGGAACUGCGUCAAUGCUUAUUGAGAGCUACGUAUUACCUUCUUAUGAGACUUUCCGAGAGACCGUAAAGGCUCGAAUGUUGUACAAAACGAAGACCAGCGAAUCUUAUCUACUUCCCGCUGUUGAUGUUCCUCAAAGAUUAUCAUCCAUGUCAGAGUCCCUCGCUCCAUCCAUCUCGGAAAACCCAUCAUUUCCAUGGCUCUAUAUUCGCGAUACAAUAGCGCAGAGGAAUAUCGAACGAAGAUCCGUGCAAGCAUCCAUACUCGGCGGAGUCAUAGCAGCCGCAGUCAUAAUCAUCCUCAUCAUGGGCCUAACCAUCAUAGUAGGCCGAAGAUUACUCUGUUUCGACAAGUUAACCCCCCUGCGCAAACCAAGAAACUCAUUAUCGACAUUAUCGCGGACCACAUCCUCCCAUCCCCGUACCCAUCCCCCUCCACGUCCACUUCCAAAUCAUCGACGCGGGUGGUGGUCACGACUCAGAUUCGGAAAUAGGCAGGACGGAGGAACGGGACCUAGGUCUCCGAAUAUAUCGUUGAACGAUCUUGAUCUUACUCCCACUAAUACCACAAGGCAAUCCGCCCAAAGUACCGAUUUAAUUCCAUUAUCCACGAUUUCUACCCUAGUUGACCUUCAAGCUUCACCGGUGUCACCGGUACGUCCGGCUCCGACGCAUUUUGUGGAUGAAGUGCAGAGACAUUAUGAGCCGACUCGGGACUCCGCUCAGCGCAGAUCAGUUGAGUGGGACGUGUUAACAUACUCGGAAGUUGUACACAACUAUCCACCUACCAAUCGAUGAUGGACUGUAUGUAAUUGCAGUCACUCAUGUACCUACCUUUAAGGAUCCAUGUCAUUCCUCAGAAUCUAGAACGAUUGAAGCAGAAAUGAUC